AUUUUAUAAUCAACCACCACUCUAUUCAUGCCGUUUUGACCUUAUCGUUCCAACUUGUAUUGUCCAUAUUUGUUCCGGCGUCUAUUAUAUCAGUUGAGAAACGUAUAUUAUAACUUGGUUAGUAUUUUUAAGUAAAAAUACUGAAAUUGUGUCUCAAAUUGUAAUAUCAUUGAACUGGGCGAUAAUACCAGAUCUUUGACGUAUUUUUCGAUCUUCAUGAGGAAUCUUACUUGUCUAUUGAGAAAAACAAUGAAUAAUCCAUAUUUGGUGAAAGAAUUUAGGAGACAGUUUCUUAAUCGUAAUGGAUAUACCAGAACUUUUGGGUCCGCUCCAGGAAAGCCUGAGAAAGAUGAGUUAAAAGAUAACCCAUUUUUUUCGAAAUACGCCGAAAAAUUAUAUUCAUUAAAGCAAACCGAUCCUGAGGCAUAUGCGGCUAAACUAGAAGCUCUUAGUCAACAAAGUAUCAGCACUCCUCCAUCAAAGGAAGCAGUAGCUGAGCGAAGUGAAGAGAAAGGUGCAUCCGCUAUAAAACAAACACCUCAGAGCCUUGAUAAAAUUAUGAAAGUUAAAUUACUUAGGGAGAGGAAUAAAAAAGAAAUAGAGGAAAUUUGGUGUGAAUAUCAUAAAAAAAACGACUGUGUCUUCGCCUGCAUGUCUGCAAAAGAAUACGAAGAUCAAAAAGCGAAAACCCAACGUUUUCCUUUAUUUGUAUAUCCACUGCCACGAAAACAAGGAGUUGAAUUUUUUCUUGCCCAAUGGCAAGAUAAUCAAUGUUUUAUGACUCCUUUGUCGUUUUAUCAGCAACAUCAAGAGAAUGCUCCAUUUGUGCUUACUCUGACGUACUACAAUGAACUAAGUUCCGAAAAAGAUAUAGUAUUAAUGAAUUCACAAAUCGAUUUUAAUAACCUGGAUGUCACCGAAGCUCGUUUAUUAACACUUCAAGUGAAAUUAUAUUACUGUAUAAAUGAUGCUAAGAAGUUAAGUUUAUUGACAACCUUCAACGAAAAUCCCGAUAAAUUCCGAUACGAAGAUUUAAUAGAAGAACUAGAAACCCUUAAUAUGCCUAAUGUUUCCAAAUAA